AUGUCGCUCGCCUACACGAUUACGCACCUCGCCCUCCUCCACUUCCGCAUCCUUCCCUCGUUCUCGCCCGCCGCCCUCGCCCAGCGCCGCCUGUCCACCGCCAGUAACAAGCCCCCUUCCAGCUCCGUGACUCUUGCUCUCAUGACAUUGACCAGCAUCUACUCCCUCGCGUGGCUCGCACAAGCCUCGCUGUGCACAGCCUGCGAGAUGGCGCCCAUCGCGGCCGGAACGCAAGGCAACGUGCCAGCAUGGUGUCCCCAGUCCCGCUUCCGUGACGUGCCCUCCACCGACCGUGCCGACCGUGCAGCCAUGCUCGCUUCCCUGGCGCUUGUCAAGGAUGCAAUCAAUUGGGUGAUUUUUGUCGCGGGCUUAUGCAUGGUCGAGUGCUGUCGUCGUGGUUGGAUGUGCGCGCGGACGAUGGAGAUGAGUGCGGACCGUGAGGGCCUCGUGAGGGCGUAUGAUCCUGGUGUUGCGCAGAGCUGGUCGACCAAGAGCACGUCUGGACCCGCACCCACCGUCGCUGCCUACGAAAUGGGCUCGCUGCCCCCGCCCCCGAUUUUUGCCGACAGGAAGGUCAAGAAGAAUAGCUAUCUGGGCUUACGAGCCGUACAGACUGUGCCGGUCAACUUGGGCGUGCCUGGCGUGGGCUAUGCCACCAGAGUCUGA